UCCAUAAGUACGCCACACGCGGCCAUGGUGCACUGAACCUGAUUACCGCAUCCAUAUAAAAGCGCCGUCGCUACAAGCCGGCCCACACAGUGCUGAAAGCGAGCGCGGGCCACUCGGUGGUCGAGUUGGACAAACUAAAGGAUUAAUUAAAGGACCUGCUUGACCAGCGUCAACAGAAACAAUAACAACAUCUGCAUCGGCAUCGGCAUAUUGACCAAAAUGUCAUCGCGGAGUCCUUCGAUGACAGGCAAGGUCCUGGCCAUUAUAAUCCUGCUGAUAGCGAAUUCCGGAAUCCAGGCGAGGCACUCCGGCCACCGGCGCCUCAUCAUCCACGUGCCGGUGAAGAUGAAGACGCACCACCACACCCACACGAUCUACAAGGUGGUCCACGGAUCGCACGGCGGCGGGGGAGGCGGAGUGAAGCACCAGACGGUGUACAAAGUGCUGGGCUUCUCCACACACGGAGGCGGCAUGUCCAAGGGCGGAGGAGGUGGCGGCGGCCACGGAGGAGGCGGCAGCCACGUGAGCUACGACCUGGGCGGAAUGGGCCAUGGUGAGAUUACGUACGAGGACAUGCACGGAUGCGAGAGUGGCAAGGUGGCUCCGGCGGCCAGGGACAUGAUUUUCAAUCACUACUCGCGGCACGGCGGGGGAACCCACGAGGAUUACGCCGAGGAGCUGGACGACUUCGUAGACCUAAGGGACGACUGGUUGUGAAUAAAGAGACGUGUGUGUGCAAAAUCCCCACCGAUUAAUUAUAAAAUUCCAGGCACCAUCACCAGGGGAUUCCCCCUC